AUGAAUGUUUCUGAUUUGCUUAAUCCCUUACCAGCUGCUGGCAAUAGACCUUUGCGCUCAAGAUGUAUAUCCACACCUGUGAUUUCUUCAAACAACCAUCAAAACAGGUACAAUUACUACCGCCAACGACAAAAAGAACUUGAAAUAGAUCAACUAUCCAACGAGGACGAAGACGAAGAGGAGGAAAUGAUGCAUCCAAACAUGAUUGGCAAACCUAGAAGCAGAUUUUCAGAGUAUGAAGACAAUGUUAUUCGUCAAGGAGUUGCUCAAAGACUAACAUGGGGCCAAAUCUCGGAUCUUCUUCCGCACCGCAAACGUGCUACAUGCUUUAAUCGUUACAGAACCUUACAAGGAAUUAGAAAAUCACGUAAAUCAUCAAAUACACAACAACAAACUCAACAACAACAACAACAAUCGGAACUAGAAACAGUUACAUCAUUAUCACCACCUUUUGAUUAUACACAGCAACCUUAUUUUCAUGCAAACAGUAAUCUAUCUUCUUCUUCUUCCUCCACUACUUCUUCUUCUGACGAAAAUGAAGAUUAUCAACUGAGCCAUCAUGAUCUACCCGUCAAGCGAACUCAUAAAAUCUCCUUACCUGCUCUGCCAUUUGAACAACAACCAUACUAUCAGUCGCAAUCUUUUUGUCCUUUCUAA